CACCUUUCCCUUUCGCAUCGUUGUCCUUCUCGUCGCCUUCGCCUUCGUCGAUGCCAUAUGUGAAUUCGAAGGGAUGAUAAUACAGGACGAAGACGACCUCCUAAAUUCGAAAGAUCCCCCCGUCACAACUUCCGCCCUUCGUUAUCCACCCCGCGCGGCAGGCCGUCGUCCAUUCAGUCCUCUACCUGACUAUGAAACUUCACAGGCCUUGGCUUCAAAUAAAUAUCAACAAUACGAAAACUCAUUUUACACCUCUAACUAUGUCGUUCCUUGGGUACCAAAGACCACUUCAUCGCACUUCGUCACGGAUAUCUACAACUUCUCAAGCUCCCCUGCAAAUGGAGUUUCACCUGUUUGCAACGCAUGGUCAACUACCGGACAACUCGACGAUGCACAAAAUUCUAUUGUUGGAGAGGUUCUAAAUACCGUAUCAUCCAAUGGUCGAUUCAGCAUCACGUCGAAUGCAUCGUAUACGAGUAACAUGAAUGUCGUCCUGGGUGAUCUAUUCGUCGGCAUAAACUACAACACCUCCGUGACCGAUACAACCAUAUCGGUCAAGAUGCAAGCAUCUAAUGCUGACCUCUUCGACCAGACACUGGUUUGCUUUGCAUUGUCGAACAACGCUACUGGCCUUGCUAUUUAUAUACCAGAUAACAUGUCCUUGAACGAUCAACUGCUCUUCAACAUCACGCUGCUGUACCCACAAUCACCUAUAGCUGCUCAAGUCGACACUUUUGCUACCUACCUACCUUUGUUCGCCCAAACGUUUGACAACUUUGGCGACUAUGUCAAUUUCGGGAGAGUUUCUAUAGAAGGUCCUAUUUCCAGAAUUUUUGUCGGUUCUCUCGAAGCCAACCAUAUACUGGUUGAAACAUCCUUAGAGUCAAUUUUCGGUCAGUUUGCGGCUUCGCGCACCCUUUCUGUGAGCACGAUACAAGCUCCUAUCAAUAUUAACGCUUCCCUCUUCAAUGAUCCUGACUUGAUGUUCCCAACAUAUUUUGAAGUCAACACUGGCAAUAGCAACUUGACGGCCAACGUCAUACUGAACGCGCCCAACACAGGUCCUCCCCAGCGUCCAAACUUCGUUGCAAAUAUCCGUACUUUUUAUGGCCAAGCUACGGCGAGCUUCAUACACGAUCCGACAUCACCACCAACAGCUAUAAAGUUGCGCAUGGAGAAUGACCUUGGUCCAGUCUAUGUCAUGUUUGAUCAGUACUUUCAGGGCAUUUUUCAAGCCAAUGCAAAACUAGGCACUGUGUCAGUGAUUCAAGGCACUGCCUCUUCUUUGGAUCCAUUCAAUCCGACUUUGGCCCGGAACUUCUUACUGAAUUACGUUUCUGAUACAUGGACAUAUGGCUGGAUAGGCUGGGGACCAAAUUCAUGGGACUUCCUCCAGCAACAGAUUGGUGAGGUGGUCGUAGACACCUCGAUCGCAAAUUGCACUUUGUUUUUUGACGGUUGAGGUCCGCACUGUUUCUCAUUCUCUUUGGGGCUCACUUGGAUUCUGUAGUUCACAUACCCACAGACUACUCACUGAUCUACUAUAUCGCUCGUUUGAGAUGCUGUGAUCUCCUGUUGGCAUCGCAUGCGUAUUUGCACAUAUUUGCACUUCAUGUACUAUCAUUUGACUAUCAUACCUAGCAACGUACGUAAUAGAAGCGGCCAAAAGCCAUGAUUCAUGAUUCAAUCCGAAUCGUCAUUCAAGGUCAUUGAUCG